GAACGGAAAAGUAUAGAUUUUUUUUAUAUGGCAAGUGUGUUAUGAAACGCCAUUUUUUGUUUUAUUGUACAGUUGAAUCACGAGCGAACGUAUUUCAUGAAAAUUUGAUUUGUUGUUUGUCACAAUGAGUGAUUCUCCAGACCAGAAUGAUCCUCCCAAGGAUCCUAAAGAAUUGGAAAAAUUGGAAGAAGCGAAACUAAAAGCUAAGUUUCCAAAUGCCAUGCUGGGAAGGGGGCCUGGGGGGCAUUCAGCUUUCCUCCAGAAGAGACUUGCUAAAGGACAAAAAUUUUUCGAUUCUGGUGACUAUCAAAUGGCAAAACAAAGGCCUGCAAACUUAGCAGCACCAUUUAAAGCUCCUGCGGCUCCAGCUAAAUUGCCCACUGGGGAUGCCAUUCCCACCCCAGACACUGUGCCGCUGCGGAAAACAUCCAUCAUCCAGCCAAAAUUCCAGCCAUCUAGCCAGACAUCCUAGCCUUGCCAGCAGACAAAACACCGUGGCCUCAUAGAGAAUGUGUAAAACUUGCAUUGUAACUAUGUUGUGGUCGGUCGCACUGUUUUUUCAUUAUUAUAUUUUUUAUUACUAGAAUAUUACCUUAAAUUUUGUUUAUUGCAAUGUAUUUUAAUAUCCUAACAUUAAAUUAUGUCUGUGAUUGAAUAAUUUAUCAUGUUCACAAUAAUUUCUAAAAAAUUUUAUAUCGUCUCAUAUUUUGAUUAAUAAUUACAUAGUUUUCACCAACUCACAAUUGGUUUACAUUUAGUGCCACAAUUUUUCUUAUUACACUUUUGACGUUGGCACAUUUUCCCAACAUUUGUUGCUAACACAUUGCAUUAAUAGUAUUUUUGGGUUCUUAUACAUUGUGAUGUUGGUAAUAAAACAAAAUUUUUAUAUAAGAACAACUGUUAUAUUUAUGUAUAAAAAUUAGGUUUAAACAUUGCAUGAGUGAAUGAGUGAUUGUUGUGCUGCAAAUACUUUGUUCCUCCUGCAUAAUAUAUAAACUAGUAUUAGCAUAUUUAUGCCCUUACAAAAAAAAAAUUAGAAAUAACAAUGGUUUUAUAUCUGAAGAUUCAUGUUACAGCAUUGAAUAUUGCUCUACCUUUUGAUGCUACUGAUAUAAUUUUCCUAUAAAGGUUCUUAUACACCACUAUAAUGUUAUGUUUGCCAAUAACGGUUUUUGUAGUUUAACAAUGUAUAUCCAUAUUUCAUUGUAUAUAAAUGGGGAAAAUAUUGUAGACUAGUAAAACAUGGAUUGUGAACUUCAUAGCUUAGAUGUUGUACCAUGUUCUACAGAAUGCUUCAAAUAUUUAGUGCAACAACAGUGAGAAAGUUGUGAUAUUGACAAUGGAGAAAUGGUUUUUAGAUCUGCUGUGAAGCAAAUAAUUGUAACAAUUUUUCAUACAGUAAUUUAAACCCAAAUGCUGCGAGAAGAGGUACUAAAGCCUAAAAAAUUGUAAUACUACUCCUAAAUUGUACCAAGUUUAUUUUUAAUAGAUUCAGGUGGCUAAUAAUUUCGCACCUAGCUUUUUGUUUCGAAAUUUACAAUAUCACAGCAUAGAAUUUGGAAACAAAGUGCAUCACUAGUGUGUUAUAUAACAGGAUGGGAUGCUAUCACUUGGCACAGGAAGUGAAAGGAAUGAGAUUUAGACUUAUGAAGACUUAAAAAAUAAAUACUUGGUAAAA